AUGAAAGCGUUUUUAAAGAAGAACAUCAAACAGAAGUACACGGUGGAAUUCCACCAAGUGACGAACCUGAAAGGGUUACCCGAAGGCACUGAAGUCUUUAUGAAGUGGCGGCGGGGGGACAAGAAAGAGAACAAAGGACACUUAGAUAAAGGUCAAGUCCAUGGAGGGACAUUACUCUACUCUCCCGCCAUCACUGUACCGAUCAAUUGUACACUAUUUCUGAAGAAAAAGGAAGGGUAUGAUGAGAAAGGAAUGGAAGUCUCUGUUUGGACUGCAACAGAGAAACCAAAAGAGUUAUGUAAAGGGAUGGUUAACUUAGCUAAAUAUGCGGAUCUUGAUGGGAAGAAGAUAACAGUCAUAGUUAGUAUGAAAGGGAAGAACACUGGAGACCUUCAACUUUUGAUAUCUUCUGGUGUUGGAGUAGAAACAGCAAGUGAGGACGAGACCGAAGUUCUUCAAAUGCAUCCCGUCAAUGGAGCAGCCAAAAGCAGUAAUUUGGAUGUUCAUGAGUUACUCAUUCAAGAAGUCAGUAAGACCAAUCAUGAAGUUCAAAAGGAAAAGGUCAUCAAGAACGAAGAAGAAGAUGACAAAGAAGAGAAGGAGUUAAUUGAGAAACAACGGCGGCAGAAGGAAUUGCAAGAAAAGGAAGAUGCCGAGAGGAAGAAAAAGGCGGAAGAAGCCGCUAAAGAAGAAGCUGAACGACAGAAGUCUUUGUUUUCAGCAGCUGCCAUGGAUGUCAAAAUUAAAGGUAAAAAGGAUAACAAGAAGAAAUUUACACAAGAGGACUUAGACACGGCGAUAGAGAAAGCCGUUGAAAAGGUGACGAAAGAAUUGACUUCCAAAAGUAAGAAGAGGGAAGAAGAGUUGUUAGCCGACUUUGAUAAAAAGACUAAAUCUGCUGCCAAGGAGAAAGACAAAGAUGGGAAGAUCUCGGAAUUGAACAACAAGCUUCAGGAAGAGACAAAGCAAAAGGAAAAUACACAAGCCGCUCUUCAGUCUGCUAACAGCUUGACUGCCGAGUUGAAGGGAACUAUUUCAAACAAAGAAAAUGAAGCUGCUGAGAUGAAGAAGACAAUUGAAGAAAAGGAGAAUAAGAAGAAUCAACUCGAAAAGGAAAUUGAAGACCUCAAGAAGAAGGUCGACGACGAAGCGAAAGCAAAAGAAGCGGUAGCUGGAGAAUUAGCAGUAUCUGCUGCACUUGCUGUUGAGUUGAAGGGCACUGUAGCGAAGAAAGAAGAAGACAUAGAAGAGCUUAAGAAGAAGGUUGAAGAAGUCGAGAAGAAUGCGGCCAAAGGGUCUGAAGAUCUUUUGCGACAGAAGAAUGAAGAGAUCGAGAAAAUCAAGAACGAGAAACACGAACUCAUUAAGGAAGUUGAGACAUUCAAGAAGUAUGCGGCUUCAGACAACUUACAAAUCAAAAACUCGUUGAAAUACACUGAAGAUUUGAGAACAGAAAACGAGAAAGUGAAGAAGGAAUUACAAAAUGUUCAAAACGAAAAAGAAAAAAUUGUCACACAACUCCAAAAUGAAAAAACACAGAAUAAAGACCUUGAGCAAAAAUUGGAGGAACUUGAGAGGGAAAAGUACACCACUCUAUCUCAACUUGAAAAUGAAAAGGCUGAGAAGAUUGCGUAUACGAAAAAGUUGGAGGAAAGUCAAGCAAAUAUUAAGAACCUUGAAACACUGAGUUUAGGGGAAAACGACAAAGCCAAAGAAGUGUUAGAGAAGAUACAAAAUGAAAAUGAAACUUUACGCAUUGAGAAUGAAAAAAUGAGGAAUGACUAUGAAUCCAAAAUAAAGAGUUUAAAAGAGAGCAAUGACACUUUAAGUUCUGAAGUCUCUGAAAACAAAGACCUUUGCGAAAAGAAUCAAAAGAGAAACAAAGAACUUCAAUUAGAGCUUGACGCGCUAAAACAAAACAAAGAGACUGAAAACUCGACACCAGUGGAAUCCAUUACAGACAAAAUAGUGAAAGGAUAUGUCGAGAACAAAAAAGACCCAAAAGGCUUCAGUGAAGUGAUUUUAUCUCUAGCAACAGGUGACAACGAGAUCACUGAAAUCGAGGUGUUGCGUAGUCUUGGAAACACAUUAGAAGAGAAUAUCUACCUUCUAAGUACAAUGCUCUAUGUCCUUCAUAAAGACAAAGUCGAGAAGUUUGAGAAGAGAGGUGACUUGCAGUCUCAACUCUGUGAAUUACUUGACUUCUUUUUCAAGCGGACUGUUCAAGUUUGUGUUGUGAAAUACGAAGGGUUCUUAGAAGGUAUUAUAGAAGACAAUCAGUGUUUCGAGAAACGACAAGCUGCAGAAUAUGAAUUGGUUUCUGCUGGGUAUAUCUUGCGUCACAUGAAGUACUUAGUCAAGACAUUAAGUGACACAAGUAUUGAGCGAAAUGUAGUCAAGCAGUUAAUGAGUCAAAUAGUCAAUUUUGUGACGUACAAAGUGAUUGAGUUACUCGUUUGCAGUGAGCGCGUGACGUUUGCGAAAGGUCUCCAACUCAAGUUCUUCUUUUCGAUCUUAGAAGGUGAAAUGGAAGACUCUUCGGACCUCAAACCGUAUGUGAAAUACUUAAUGCCUGCCGUUGAAAUUUCAGGCUUGUUAGUUGUUGAUAUGGCAUCUCCCGAGUUCAACAUUAUAGCGUUGAAAGAGAAUAUGCCUCAUGUCAGUGGAAGUGUUAUGUAUGCGGUUUUGAACAAAUACAGAAACGACAAGAAACAGCCAUUACCCAAAGACAUCUUAGACAAAAUAAACAAAACUGAUGUUCCAGUGCCUUCUUGUCUUGAUUUGGUGUGUUAA